AUGGCUCCCAUCAGCAGUGCGAUUGCUGGCGAGCAGACAGAAAGCAGCCGCACGCUGGACAGCAAUGAAUUUGCCGUACCUCAGGCUGUGCGGCAGCACAGCAAGCUGAUGAGCCAUUCCCCGCGCAGUCUUGGCAAAAGUACUGGCAGCGGCAGCGGCGCAUACAGGGCGCCACUUUUGCAGGCAGCUCCAGUACCUCGACCUGGCCUGCCUCGUACGCUCUCCUCUUCCUCCGUAGUGGAGACCAUCGCUUCCGGUCAGAGUUCGAGGGCGCAAGCUGGCUCUGGACGAGCGCAGGAUGCUCCGACAUUCUCGCACAAGUCUCCUUUGAGCGUUCAGACAUCCACCGCCGCAGAGCCUUCGCUCGCAGUCGCCGCUCCUGCUCAGGCCUCCUCUGCCACUCGAGCUCCCGCACCAUCUUCCACACCCGGCACCUCGAAACGAUCGCUUGGGGACGGCGAGUACUUUCCAUCAGGCGCAGUCACCGCAUCUCAGUCGCGCGCUCACUCUCCCGCACCCAGAGGCGACCGUAGUACUCGCGCUUCACUCCUCAACAGUCCGGCUGCCACUUCGCUCGCAGCUGCCGCUGCCGCUGCGCAGCUCCAGAAGGCCUCUUCGCAGCGCAAUCCCGAGGCUGCUGCUCAAUCGCGCGCCCGAACAUCGAGGAGCAAUACGCUGCAAGAUCUGAAGCGCUUCAGCGCGAGCAUUGGCGAUGCGGCUCAGGCAGCGGCUGGAGCUGUUGCGCCAAUGACUGCGCCCGCAUUCGGCUCCGAACAGCGAAUGUCUGCGGACCAACAGAGAAUAGCCGAAGCUCGAAGAGCAUCCCACUCUCGAGGGGGAUCUCAGGGCGAAGCAUCGAGCCCCACAACACCCACAAAUCGUGCGCGCACGGGUCCUACCCAGCAGCCGCCACCGCCGCGACCCCUGACGGAAGCGGAAGAGCGCGCUCGAGCUGCCGCAAAGGCAGCAGAGCAGGCAGCAUGGGAGAGGACUCGAGGUGCUGGGAGCGACGUCAUGAAAUUGCGAGGAGGCGAAGCGGACGAGAGACGCAGAGCUCGUGCUCAAGAUGACGAGGAUAGCGAUGAUGGCAAAGCUGCGGUGGCCAGCGACUGGCGCGAAAGCGAUGUCUUGCCUAGUCUCGAAGAGUGCGAAAGGUUUCGAUCAGAGCCCGUAGAUGUGCCCAGUGCAGAUGUCCUGCUGGAGAGGGGCAUUUCGGACUACACCCUGCUGCCCCGUAUCCUGGGACGAGGAAAAUUCUCUACCGUGUUCAUGGCUUCCAAGAAUGGCGAGCGAUCCGCAGUCAAGCACACGGCCCUCUUUCCGCAUCAUCAGCUCAUCUCGACUAGGCUGUUGAGGGAACCGACCCUCCUCGCAGAGCUGCCCCCUCACCCCAAUCUGGUCUCCGUCAUCGAGACGGUCCGCACGCCUGGCCACUUUUAUCUCGUCGAAGAGUAUCUCGGCGGCUACGUCACGCUGGAAGCGUUGAUACCGCUGGUUGGAGGCUCCGGCAAGACGGGUGCUCCGCAGCCGUCUGUGCUGCCCGUCGAUGUCGCCAAUCGCGUGCUGGACCAGCUCAUCAGCGCUGUGCACGCCAUUCACUUUCCUCUGCAGAUUUGCCAUCGCGACAUCAAGCCGGAAAAUAUUCUCGUUCAUCCCGACACUUUGCAGCUCAAAUUGCUAGACUUUGGAUUGGCUACGCACUACAGCAAGAGCGAGCCGAAGCUGAGCACUUGCUGCGGCAGUCCUGCAUUCCACUGCCCCGAGAUCGUCAAAGCUCUGGCGAGCCCACCGGGCGCCGUCUCCUACUGGGGACCAGAAGUCGACGCCUGGACGUGCGGCGUCACCAUGCUGCGUUGCCUCACCGGGGUGCGCUUCCCUCUAGGUGCGAAUCACACGAGCUUGCGCAGCAUGUCCAUCCGCGCGCAACGGGCGGUAGCGACGAUCGCGGAUGCUCCGCUCAGAGACCGGGUCAGCGCGCUGCUAGAGAUGGAUGGCGCAAGGCGGAUGCAGCGGUUUGCAGCCCUGGCGGCAGAUCUCGAACGCGAACAGGGCGAGCCGGAUCGCAACCAAAAGGCGUUCAAGAGCACGACAUUUAUACCGAUGGAGCCCACGCAUUCUAUGCAAUUGCCUCUUCUCACUGGACCCCUGUCGCGCCGCGCGACUCUCUCGCCGGGCCGAACCACGCCUGCCCCCUCGAGUCGAUUGGCGACACCCGUCGGGUCUCGCGCUGCCAGUCCUGCGCGCACACCUCGAGGGGAGGAAGGCCCUGAUCAAUGCUCUAUACCGCCAAUCGUACUGCUGAACCCUACUCUUCAGCAGCCUCAACGCGUCCUGAGCUUCAUCAAGUACUGCUUGCGAUGCGCCGGCAUCCUCUACCAUGCCUGGCCGGAUUUCUCUGCUUCGCUGCUAGAGCCUUCUACGCCCGGCGCAACGUCGAUGGCAAUGUUCAAUUCUUGGAAUUCUGGACUAGCACGAGGUGGGAGCGGAGAGGUAUCGGGAUUGGCGAGUCCGACGACGCCACUCUAUCCACCCUCUGGUGCUUCCGUCGCCAGCGAGAGGAGCGAUGGCUGGGCGCACGUGCACAUUCUGCAGUGCGUCAUCGAGCUGCCAGAGCCAGAGCCGGAAGAGUCGGACAGCGGGUUCAGUCUGGUGCAAAGCAUCAUGGCUGCGUUUGGCCGGAGGCCGUCCAACAAGCGCACCAUGUCCACUCCUGACAAGCCGAGAUCUACUGAUCGGGAACCUGCCAAAGCACCAGGCACGCCUGGACAUGCCAAAGCCACUCCGGGCGCCAGUGGAAGGCAAGGCAUGAUCCGCUGUCUCUCCUUCUACAUCAUCCUGCGAUUUCCAAAGAUGACGACGUCUAGCGGUCGUCCAGCGUUCUCGAGGCAGACUUCGCUCGCUCCCAAGCGACAGCGCGCCACGUCCUCUGCUACUUCUACCGCCGCAGGGUCAGAGUCACCCACAGUGUCUCGAGGGCCCAGUCUUGAUGUCGACACCAGCGCGUUGACCGUGCGCCCCGACACAAGCGAAGAGGGUAGAACAAGAAAGCCUCGAAGCCGCCCUCUGAGCUCCCAUUCCUCAUCGCACGUCCCCACCAGAGACUCUAUCACUGGCGAGAGUCUCCAGUUGACCGUCGAGACGAUUGAGCAGCUCAAACGGAGUGCAGGCACGGGGCAGCCGAGGUCUCCCUCGUCUUCUCGCGCCCCUUCGCGCACUCGGAAGCAGAGUCGCGCUCCGCGUGCUCGCAAGGCAAAGGUCCUUGUGCAGGUCACCGACGAGCGAGCUCUCGAAGCGGUCCGCAGUGCACUGAGCGUUGGCGGCACUACCGAAGGUUCGGAUGAGGAUCCACUCCGGGAGGAUGAUGAGCCCGUGACGCCGCAAAAGGGAGAUCAGCAGAGUCGUCGGAAACAUCCGCACAGGUCAACGUCCAGCCUGUCUGUCGCCUCCACUCUGCGCACACCGAACGAAGCUUUUGGGUUGCAAACACCUAGAAAUACGUCUCGCGAUCGCGCGCAUCGCGCCAGUGUCGGUUUUCCAUUUCCGUCGCGCGAAGACGAGCAAGAGACAAGAGGGCGACGGGGAAGGGACAAUAACGAUGCUUCACGUGGGUCCCGUGCACCUAGUCAGCUCUCUACCGUGCCACUCAAGGAGGAGUCGCCGUCGGCAAGCGAUGGUUUGAGACAAGCUCUGGUCGGCUUGUCUGCCGCUCUAGACUCUCUGGUCGGUCCUUCCAAGCUGCCAGCCGCGGACAAGGUCCCGGAGAGUGCCGUAUCCUCGCAAGAGCCCUCACCGCUCCAGUCUCCCCGCCAACCGACUUCGCGAAGUUCGAGCGACACUUCGUCAUCAGCUUCAGCCAAGGGCGCUGCAGAGGCGUACGAGCAAGCCAGGACUCUUCUGCAGGGCCUCAACAAGCACCUCGCCCACGCGGAGCGAGAGGGUGCACCUGCACUAGAGGACAUCAUCUCGCCAGAAACGUUCACCCUCUUUAGUACGGUAUCGCCAGCCAUGGGCAUAUGCGAUCGGGAACUGGAGGGCUUGCCAGCGGUGCCAGCCGCCGUCGCUCAGGAAGUUGCUCUCAGCGGUCUCGCUACAGCCGCCUUGCAGAUCGUCGCUCGGCAUGCAAGCCCGCGCGAGCUGUUCAUGGCUGCACAAGAGCGUUUGGAGAUGCUGAGCUCGUUGUCAGAUCCUCAAGGCAGCGACGCUUCCAUGCGCGAAGCCUCCGAGUCGGCAAACCAAGAAAACCAAUGGGGAGUCGAAGUGCCCGAUUUUGCACGAGCCAAGGAGCCGCACAGGCCAUGUUGUGCCGCUAUGGAGAGUUGCGGCAUCAUUGCUCUGCUCGCGGUGAUUGUGCCUCGCAUACGGACAAAAAAGCCGCUCAGUUUCAUCCAGCCGCUAGUGCAUCUUCUCCCGAGGUCUGUCAGCAGCUGCUUGGCGAAUGCGCCAGAUGAGGAUAGCGCAGCUGACUCACGCAUCAGUCGCUCGGCUUGCUCCGCCUCGAUCAUGCUGGCAGUCUGCCAUCUCGUCAAGGCCAUCACUGAUUGGGAGGCUCAGAGCGCGGGAGCCUCUCAGACGUCAGGGCCGAGCGGCGAAAUUCUGGAGAUGCUUUUCGGCGUCUUUUUGGCUUGCGCUGCGAGCCUUCCGAAGCAAGUGGAUCCUGACGAUGCGGAGCGCUGCUACGCUGCUGCAGAGCUCCACUUUCGAAAGAGGCAUCCACGUUUCACGCUCUCGUCUGGCGCGUCCGCUCCCGAAGCGGUUACAUCGCCCGGCCGCUCGGCCACACGGGGCGCAACUUCCAAUGACGAGGUGUGGCAAGCGUUGCGCGGCACAACCACCGCUCUACAUCUCGAGCUGCAGAAUCUAGCGUUCAAGCGGGAGGCCCCGAGUCCAUCGGCAAAGGAGGACGAUGGCAUGCUUCAGCGCAAUGCGACUAUGAGCGUGGGCUCCUUCAUGCUGCUGGUCCAGCUGCGCGCGCGCAAGCUCAGCUCUAUCCCCGCAUGGUCGCCUGACGAAGCCGAACGCUCCAUCUCCGAUGCGAUGCCCAUGCUGCAUGCAUGCUUUGGCGCAGGACCUCCCACGUCUCUGAGCUCAUCUGGCACAGGCCCGCCAAGCAGCGGCGAGCUGCUGGCUGAUUCUGCUCAGCUCUGGCUCAUGUGGUGCUUCGAAGCGCUCCAAUCAAAGCAUCUCCAAACUGAAACUGUGUACGUGCUCUCGCAGAGCUUGUCGACGCACGCUUCACUCUGCUCUCGACCAAUGUCGCGACAUGUCAGCCUGCGCUUGUUCUACGAUCUCUUGUCCAUGCACGCGCCUAUCGAGCUGGCUAUGGACGUGCUUCUGGACAGCUUGACAGAUUCGCCCUUUCCGCAGCUUCGAAUGGCCUGCCUGACUCUGCUGCGCGAAAUGCUCGGCGAAAAGCUCGGCAAGCGCAAGGAUGUCAAGGGCGUGCAGCUUCUGGAGCGUUUGCGACGGGUGGUUUUCGUCAUGCCGUCCGCGCCCAUCCUGCAGCAGAUCAAGUAG